CGGGCCCAGUGAUACCCUCUAGCGAUCGUGUCGCUGCGGGUUUUUACGGGACUCCGGCUGUCGUUUCGUCUGGGACGUAUUGUGUUGCCUUUGUUGCAUUAUGUCUGUUGAGACCGACCAGAAUGUGAUCCAAAUGUUGGAGAACCUGGGUGCGGUUUCUAAACAUGGUUGGAAAGCCAGAUUCGACCGGAAACCUGAAGUGCAAUGUAAACCUUUCGGCCUCCCUCGUUUGUCUCAGAUUAAAAGUUUCAUACCAAUGGCAUUUAGGUACACAUUCAGAUUCUACUUGAGAAAGCGCUUAAUUGAGAAGCGGUUGCCCUUCCUCGAUCCUAGUCAACAUGUACCUUGGAAACCGAUCUACGGGGUUCCAAUGGGUGGUAUCGGGUGUGGUGCGAUAGGUCGUGGUUUCCGAGGCGAAUUCGUUCGGUCUAGUCUCAUUCCCGGUAUGUAUUCUUACGAUCCGCAGCCUGCUGAUCAGUUCAUUUUGACAAUCAGAAAAGGAGAAGAAACGCUAUUCCAUCAAGUGCUAUCACCACAAACCAGUGUACCAGCAUUCGCCAAUGGAUUGCGCUCUUGGAAUUGGGGUUUUUCCGCCCAACAUGCACACUACAUCGGACUUUAUCCGCGUUCAUGGACUGUUUAUGAAGUUCCACACUUAAAUCUGAUUUUAGUCUGUCAUCAGAUAUCCCCAGUUCUUCCUCACGACUACAAGGCAUCGUGUCUUCCAGCCUGCGUGUUUGUUUGGACUGUGUUCAACUUCGGGUCAGAGGCUCUUGAAGUAACCAUAUCGUUCUCUUGGCAUGGGCCGAGCCCCGCUCCCCGUAGUACCCCGAACUCGAACAGCCAAGUUAACAACCACAAGGAGCCGAACGGGCUCAGUAGUGUGGAACUAACGCAACCGUUUGUCAAAGAACCCAUCACGGACUAUCUUUGUCGCUCCGCCUCCUUCCGGUCUACCAAAAACCCAGCUGUUUCAGGCUGCCUUUUGGAUAGGAUUAUUGGAAACGAGCUACCCUGUUGCUUCGGGAUUGCUACAAAAGCCAGCGAUGAGGUCCGAGUUUCUAGGUGCCCCGGUUAUACGCUCAACCGGCGUCCAGCCAACCCGUUUGAACCUCCGACUGAGAGGAAAUCUCCCAAGAAUGCCCACGACUCUCCCGACUCAGACACUGGGGAACCAGAUUUGACUUCAUUCUGCUCCUAUAAACAGGCUGCUUCUGCUCAUACCGUUUGGGAAGAAUUGAAGUCUCCGAUGGGCCUGAGGGAUUUGGAUAAUAUCGGAUAUCACAUACCCAAUAGGCCCACCCUGCGUCGGAGAACUCCCAAGUUGGCUGUAAUGGUCAGCGCUACGUGUAUAGUUCCCCCGGCACGAUCUGCAAAUGCGUCGGUUGGAGACUUAUCAGUAGCCGGUCAAGCCCAGUUGGAGUUCGCUGUGGUGUGGCAUUCCCCUCUUGUAUGGUUCCGAGGCAGCAAAAUCAUUUACAAAAGGCGCUAUGCACGUUGGUUUCCCGAACCGGGCAUGUUGGGUGCAGAACGCCUACUUGAAUCCGCUUUAAGCAACUGGAAGGAUUGGGUGGAAAGGAUAGAGCAGUGGCAAAACCCAGUACUCCACAACAGUUCUUUUCCCGACUGGUACAAAUCCGCACUAUUCAACGAGCUUUAUUAUCUAACUGAUGGCGGCACUGUCUGGUUAGACCCUGUGGCAUUUCAAGGAAUCACAUCCCAGCAGUCCAAGCUGAUCCCGAUCGACUUUGUUCGUGCCUUCAAGGGAAACGCCAGCCUGGACCCGUUACAGCUCACAGGGCGACAUUUAGAUGAUGACUCUGAUCGACGGAACCAACAUGGAGGUGCGGAUUUCAAAUGGCAAAGCUGGAAAUAUCGCUCCCGAGUGGCACAAGAAAUGGGCCUGUUUGCAUACCUGGAAGGGCAUGAGUACCGAAUGUACAACACCCUGGACGUGCAUUACAACUCCUCGUGGGCUCUCAUCAAGCUCUGGCCAAAGCUUCAGUUGGCUCUGCUUCUCGAUUGCGCCGAUCUGGCGAUCGAAGAGGACCAGACGCAGCUGUACUUUAUCCACCAGGGACGCUAUGGAAUCCGAAGUACAGAAUCUGCUGUGCCCCAUGACUUUGGCGAUCCUGAGGGCGAGCCUUGGCGUGACGCGAAUGCCUACGUGAUGUACCCUACGAAGGACUGGAAGGAUUUAAACCCCAAGUUUGUUUUACAGGUCUGGCGAGACUGGAAAUUGACGCAGGACAACGACUAUCUCCUGUAUAUGUUACCGAUUGUGAAUCGUCUCAUCCAAGUGAGUCUGCAAUCUUGGGAUUCCAACGGUGAUGGGAUGAUUGAGAAUUCUGGAUUUCCGGAUCAAACAUACGACACAUGGAAUGCACAUGGAAUAAGUGCCUACACUGGUGGAUUGUGGCUCGCCUGUUUGUACUCAGCUUGUGAGAUGAUAGAAUACGCACUUUCAGCAAAUUCACCUUUGAAGGCCUUCUUGAUCUCUUCCAACUCCGAAGAUGACGUGUCAUGGCCGCAAGUGCAAAAAGAGUUGCAAAUUCUUUUGGAAAGCGCCAAAACUGUCUAUGACCGUGCAUUGUGGACAGGUACCUACUAUAUCUAUCAAAACACGCCAGUUGGCAAUCACGAAGCAAUUAUGGCCGACCAGCUGUCCGGGCAUGGUUUUUUGCGUGCAGGAGGUGCUCCGCCAGAUGCUAUCUUACCUGGCGAGCACGUGAUUAUGGCACUGAAGACGAUUCAGAGCACAAAUUGGGAAUCCAUUCAGAACGGCAGUUUGGGCGUGAUCAAUGGCGGUCUUCCUGGCGCGAAACGGGAUCUUUCCAAUGUCCAAGCAGAGGAAUUUUGGGUCGGUGUAAACUAUUCUCUGGCGGCUACGAUGAUCUUAGAGGGCAUGUCGCAAGAAGGUUUCUCUCUUGCCGAGGCCUGCUACAACACCAUCUACAAUAGAUUCGGGUUACAAUAUCAAACUCCGGAAGCCUACAUGAUUGACGGCCGAUUUCGUUGUCCUGGCUACAUGAGGCCGCUGGCUAUUUGGAGCAUUCAACAGGCUUUGGAAACCAAACAGUUGUAUAACGGUACAACUUCGACUAAUUCGCUACAAGAGACCGAAGAUGACGAAAUGCUGACGGAGGCCGUCAGCAAGUCUUCCAACAUAUCCACCGACGGCAAUCAUACGGACAUCAUUUCUAGAAUUUCCGGUCGGGAUUCCUAUUCCAUCGUACCACGAUCGCCACCAUUUGUACACCGCGAAAUCUUUCUGUUCAUACUACUGCUGACCCGGUCGCAGGCUAUACACAAACAGGUGGUGAAGCAGGUGUCUACCUCUCAGAUUGGCAGGCUACGGUUUUAUCUUCUUUAUGUUCUCGUUUCAUCUUCAUCUCAUUCUGACUUACCGUAUAUUCCUUUGCCAAAAACAACAACAUUGUUUCCGAUUUUAUUUGUCCUGCCCUCUGUUGACAUCUUCUGGAGAGCAUUAUUUUUCUAUACGGCUGUCACUGUUUCGCCUCCUCAUGAAGUCCUGCAAAUGAGUGUCGGAGUGCAGUUAGUGUUGAUCAAUUUACAAAACAAUGUGAUUCAGGACUAUGCUAGCGCUGUUCAUCAGAUAUUCUGCUCAUUGCGUCCUUUGAUGUGGAUUGCUUACUUUUGUGGAGCUUUGAGUCACUUUUGCGUCAUUCGUUUUAUUACUUAA